UCGUAGAAUAAGUGGUGAACAAAGUUGCUAAAGAAAAGGUGCUCGUGGUUUAUAAGUAGUUUUUGUUCAUUGAAUCAACAAUCGCUAACAAGAAUGAAUCUUGGUAUCAUCUUCUUAACCGUCAUCUCCCUAGCCUUCGCCGACGAGCUCUCCGACUGCAAAUGCUUAGAAGGAUACCGCCCCCAGUUAGACGAAGACGGUCACGCCAUGUGCUACGGCAUUCACGUGAAGGCCUUCGCGCCCUGCAACCUGAUCAAAAAACCGAGAUGUCAGUGUGGUCCCGAAGUCACAGGAAUCCUCAACGACGCCUCUGGGGUGUGGUGCGUAAAGUACAACAGGGGCAGUCAAGUGAAGAGGUGGCGCUGCGAGAAUAGGGAGGAGUGGGAAACUUUCUUCAGCCAGCAUCCUAAUAUUCAACGAACUAAUGGUCGGAAUUAGGAAUAGUGCCUAAAAAAUAUAUUUAAAUAAUCAAAAUUCACUUAAGAAGCUUGUGGUAUCGAUUGUUAAUUUAAAAAAAUGUUGUUAUACAGUAAAUUAGUCUCGUUUUGUACUAUUUAUCAAGAGUAUUUUCAAUAUUGAUAUGUGUAUUGAUGUGUCAUUUGAUAGAUACAUUUGAUAUAAUGUACCUGCACCACGCUUUACGUCAUUAUAAUGUUAAUGUAUUAUAAAAAAAUAAAAGUAAAAAAUAAAAUAAAAACAAUUUCAAUUU